UGACUGUGUUUUACUACAAAUCUGGCGCACAACAAACCACUUGCAGGCAGCCUGCCCGCUGUAUUGCUCUGUGUGGGAUUUGUGCUGGAUGGAGGAUUUUGAGUAGACUUUGGACUCGUAUUAGUAUUUAGUUAAUUUUAAUUACAGGACAUUUGUUGGAGAAAGAGUUAUUUGCUCCAGGGAUUUGAAAAGUCUUCUUAUCUGUAUCCUUCACUGUCACGUCUUCUUUAUUUCGUAUUGUUUGUUCAGUUAUUGUUCGAACUCGCACGAGCUUUGUACUUACGAAGCUGAGGAGUCAACCGCUUUUUUGUAAGCUACAUUUGUUUCUCAGCAAACAUGUUUGGCUACCCCAUGUUUCCGGAUGCACUGCGCCCAUUCAACACCCAGUAUCGCUGCUACUCUGUGUCCAUGCUACCUGGCCAGGAGCGCACAGAUGUUGAAAAGGGUGGCAAAAUCAUUAUGCCUCCGUCGGCGCUGGACCAGCUGACGCGGCUCAACGUGGUCUACCCGAUGCUGUUCAAGCUGACGAACCGGCGCGCCGACCGCGUGACACACUGCGGCGUGCUCGAGUUUGUCGCCGACGAGGGCAAGGUCUAUCUGCCCUACUGGAUGAUGCGGAACCUGCUGCUGGAGGAGGGCGCGCUGCUGACGGUGGAGAGCGUCUCGCUGCCGGUGGCCACCUUCUCCAAGUUCCAGCCGCAGUCACCCGACUUCCUGGACAUCACCAACCCGAAGGCGGUGCUGGAGAACGCGCUGCGCAACUUCGCCUGUCUCACCACCGGGGACGUGAUCGCCAUCCCGUACAACACAAAGGUGUACGAGUUCUGCGUCCAGGAGACCAAGCCCGGCCGCGCCGUCAGCAUCAUCGAGUGCGACAUGAACGUGGAGUUUGCGGCGCCGGUCGGCUACCAGGAGCCGGAGCGGCCGCCCGCCGCCGAGGAGGAGCAGCCGCCCGAGGAGCAUCACUUGCCGGAGCCGACCGGAUUCGUGCCGUUCCAGGGCUCCGGACUGCGGUUGGACGGCAAACAGAAAAACCUGGACGCCCCUCGGGCGAGCACCUCCAACGGACCGCGCGUGCGGGGUAUCCCCGACUACGACUACGAGGUCGGCUAUCUGCGCUUCCUGCGAAACGCAGCGCCGAAGCCCGCAGAGGCGGCCUCGGAUGAGCCCGUGUUCAGCUCCUUCUCCGGUGAGGGCCGGAAGUUGCGGCAGCCCAAGCACCGGCGGCCGUGAGCCGUCCCCCCCCCCGCCCCCGCCGCCGCCGGUGCGCUCAGACUGUGACCCGCCCCGCCCCGCCGCACCGACGGCGCGCGCCCUGUACAGAGUCGCUCCAGUUUGUAUAUUUAUUCCGGCACGCGUGUCGGAACCACCCUGAAUAAAUAUAUUACGCCUGU